AUGGGCUCGCAAGUGCAAGUCUUCUCCCCCCACGCUCUCCAGUCUAGCGCCUUCUGUAGCGUGAAAAAGCUGAAGGUGGAGCCAAGGUGCGACUGGGACAUGACUGGGAACGGCGCGCACACCAAGGUGUACAGCCACACCAAUAAGAACAUGCCAGCUCUCCCGCUGGGCAUGGGCGUGGGCCCCGCCCUGCCCUACGAGCAGGCACUUCUCCUCCCAUCGGGGGCUGGGCACGUGGUGGUGGCCCCGGCAGGCAGGGCCCUGGGGGCUGGCGCCGGACACAAUCUGACAUGCCGGAGCAUGGUGAGCCUGGUGGACAUGUACCAGCAGUGCGGCCUCAAGCGCAAGAGUGAGGAGCUGGAGGGUAGCAGCAGCAUACAGAUCGUGGAGGAGCAGCCUCCCAUGCUCCCAAACACCGCCACAGCCGCUGCUGUCGCCGUCACCUCUGCCAAGAAUAGUGACUCCAGUGGUGAAGGCGACUACCAGCUGGUGCAGCACGAGGUGCUCUGCUCCAUGACCAACACCUACGAGGUGCUGGAGUUCCUGGGCCACGGCACCUUUGGUCAGGUGGUCAAGUGCUGGAAGCAUGGCACCAAUGAGAUUGUGGCUAUCAAGAUCCUGAAGAAUCACCCAUCAUACACGCGGCAGGGUCAGAUUGAGGUGAGCAUCCUGGCGCGGCUGAGUUUGGAGAAUUCUGAUGACUACAACCUUGUGCGUGCCUAUGAGUGCUUCCAGCACAAGAGUCACACCUGCCUGGUGUUCGAGAUGCUGGAGAAGAACCUCUAUGACUUCCUGAAGCUGAACAAGUUCAGCCCGCUGUCGCUGCGGCACAUCCGGACUGUGUUGCAGCAGGUGGCCACCACGCUCAUGAAGCUCAAGAGCUUGGGCCUCAUCCACGCUGACCUCAAGCCCGAGAAUAUCAUGCUGGUGGACCCCACCCGGCAGCCGUACCGUGUCAAGGUUAUCGACUUUGGCUCGGCCAGCCAUGUCUCCAAGGCCAUCUGCUCCAAAUUUCUCCAAUCUAGUUACCACCGGGCUCCUGAGAUAAUCCUGGGCCUGCCCUUCUGCGAAGCCAUUGAUAUGUGGUCCCUGGGCUGUGUUAUUGCCGAGCUCUUCCUGGGUUGGCCUCUGUACCCGGGGGCAUUUGAGUAUGACCAAAUCCGGUGCAUCUCUCAGACACAGGGCUUGCCAGCAGAAUACUUGCUAAGUGCAGGGACCAAGACGACCAGAUUCUUCAAUAGAGAACAACACUCCUACCCUCUGUGGAGUCUGAAGACACCAGAGGACCAUGAGGGGGAGACAGGGAUCAAAUCAAAGGAAGCCCGGAAGUACAUCUUCAACUGUCUGGAUGACAUGGCACAGGUGAACAUGACAGCGGACCUGGAGGGAAGCGACAUGCUGGCUGAGAAGGCGGACCGCCGUGAGUUCAUCGACCUGCUGACCAAGAUGCGGACGAUUGACGCUGACAAGAGGAUCACCCCCAUCAUAACACUCAACCACCCCUUCGUAACCAUGACCCACCUGCUCGACUUCCCACAUAGCACGCUGAGCUCCCAUCCCCACAGCAACUAUUAUAACUCCAUCACGCAACAGCCGGCUUUGCUGACUGGUCAUGUGAUGCUGCCCUCUACCCAGUCCCUGAAUGUGGGUGUGGCCCAUGUAAUGAGGCAGCAGCCAACCAACAACUCAUCCUCCAAAAAGAACAAGCAACAGCACCAAGGGUCUGCCAGAAAGGUUUCGGCAUGCGAGGUGUCGUCCUCACAAGUGCUGUCAUCCCCGCAGCGCUCCAAGCGCAUGAAAGACAACACGCCACCAUGGUGUGCUAUUGUCCCAAACAUGCUGCUCCUGGCUUGCGGACCCCCCCUCUCUUACAGCAGCUGCAGCGAGCUGACCUCCAGUACCACCCUGGACAAAGCCCACCCCCAUGCCCCACAGCAGACCAUCGUCAUCCCCGACACGCCCAGCCCAGCUGUUAGCAUCAUCACCAUCAGCAGCGACACAGACGAGGAGGAUGAUCACAAGCAGGCCAGCAGCAGCAUGCCCAAGCAGAGGAUCAAUGUGGUCAGCUGUGUGACGGUACACAACUCCCCCGCCUCAGACUCCUCUGAUGGCAGCCCCUACUCUGUGGAGUCCUUCCCAUCCAGCGCCGGUGGCCUUCACUCCAAGCCUGCAUUGCUGGACAGCUACUGUCACUUCAGUCCCCGCACCAUCGUCAUCCCGCCCCUCAAGGCCCAGGCCAAUGAGACGGCAGCUGAGUGUGAGCGCAUGCAGCCAGAUAGUUUGACCCACCAGAACUCAGUUUACAAGUUCAAAGCUUCCAAUGGGAUGCUGUCAGGCAGCAACGCCAUGGGGAUAGGGGCUGGGGGCAGGUACCGGCAGCAGCGCUCUGGGGCUCACCUCUUCCAGCAGCAGCCUCUCAACCUCAGCCAGUUAGGGAAAUGUGCACAGCACCAUGCGGCAGCUGAGCGGAACAGCGCGCACUGGCAGCAGCAGGCCUAUAUCACGCCCACCAUCAUGGCCCAGGCGCCGUACUUCUUCCACCACAACAGCCCCUCCCACACGGUUGCUGUUCACCCACACCUGGCUACCGCCCACCUCUCCAUCCAGCCUCACCUCUUCACCUACACUGCCCCCACCCCCCAGGGCUCGGCCCACCAUGCCGUCCCACAUGCAACCUACCUGCCAGGCAUUGUUCACCAGGUGCACGUCAGUGUGGGCCACCCCUCCCCCACCCUUCACCACAGCCAGUAA